GCUGUCGGCGGGUUUUUCAGGUGUUUGAGGCGUCACCAUAAUGGCCGCUGAGACAACUUACCCCAGCAAAGCGUCUACCUCUAGUGUUUGAAUAUUGGUUACUAGAAUGUUACUCGGCGGCGUGACGUCAUCACUCCGCGCCCUGUCAUUCAUCGUGGAGCAGUAUGGCUGCGCUGUCAGGAUUCCUGCGGUCCAAGCUCUUCUCCUGGCAGCAGGCGGGACUGUUCCACUCCGGUUUGCGGUUACUGGCGAGCGACAAGGAACUUUUAGUUAAACUCAGAAGGAAGACUGGCUACUCCUUUGUCAACUGUAAGAAAGCCCUCGAAAAGUUCAACAAUGAUGCGAAACAGGCAGAGACCUGGCUCCAUCAGCAAGCGCAAAAAGAAGGCUGGAAUAAAGCGUCCAAGCUACAAGGAAGAAAGACUGCCGAGGGUCUUGUGGGUCUCCUGCAGGAAGGGAACACAGCGGUGAUGGUAGAAGUCAAUUGUGAGACAGACUUUGUAGCCAGAAAUGUGAAGUUUCAGCAGCUGGUUCAGCAGGCAGCACUUUGUACUCUGAGGCAUUGCCGGAGUCAGGAGCAGCACCAGGCGUCCUAUUCAAAGGGUUUGAUUCCUGGUGAGGAGAUUUUGCAGAUGAAGACAGAUGAUGUGACUAUUAAAGAUGUUCUUGCUUUGACAAUUGGAAAACUUGGAGAAAACAUGUUAAUGAGAAGAGCUGCAUGGGUCAUGGUCUCUUCUGACCUGUUUAUUGGGACAUACAUGCAUGGUGCUUUGCAGCCAGAUCUUCCAUCCUUAACAAACAUGUCAUAUGGCAAAUAUGGCUCACUGGUUGUAUGCAGAAAGGCUGACACCGAUUCUACAAGCAACAUUACUGAACUUGGUCGCAGACUGGGCCAGCAUGUAGUGGGCAUGAAUCCCCUGACAGUGGGCUCUUUAGAAGACGAAUCUACAGGAGAUGCAGAAACCAGAAUGUUGGCCCAGCCUUUCCUGCUUGAGCCCAGCCUGACUGUAGGACAAUAUCUCCAUCCACAUGGAGUGCAGGUGUUGGAUUUUGUUCGCUUUGAAUGUGGGGAGGAAACGCAUACACCUUAAAAUAAACACGUUAUCUUACAAUAUUAA